AUGUCUAAUAUCGCAUUCAAGAUUCGUCAAGCAGCCCCAGGCAUCGAUCAAGUAGUGGCCGAUUAUGCAAGCGGGUACUACAACCACUUGUUGAAUGCCACUUACGACGCAGUGCAAAGUAAACAGCUUGUUUUGUCAGAAGAGGUGUCGUUUUUACAAGAGCUGUUGGAAAAUGCGGGUGGAAAGGAUGACAAAGUUGAAGAGGUGUGUAAGGAAAUGUUAGAAAGACUGUCGCUUCAGCUUGAAGAAAACCAAGCCAAGCUAGAGGUUACCGGUGAUACUAGCAGAAGGUUACUUGAUGUUAACAUUUUGCAAAAUCACAACAGCAAAGCUAACAUCAAUACCUCGCUCGCGAUGUUAGGUGUCAACGGUGACAUAGAACAUACAGGUCGUAACAUGGAUACCAGGGUUGAUUUGAAGAAAUUGGAAAAAGCUGAAAAGAAGAUUGCCAAGAAAGUGGCCAAGAGGAACAACAAGUUCGUGAAGUACGAGGCUUCACGUCUGAUAAACCAGAGCAAGGAGGAUGACUAUGAUUCCUUCUUCUUGGAAAUCAAUCCUUUGGAAUUCGGUUCUGCGGCUGGUAAAUCCAAGGACAUCAAAAUUGACACAUUCGAUCUGUACGUUGGUGACGGGCAAAGAAUUCUAUCGGAUGCGCAGUUGACUUUGAGCUUCGGCCAUAGAUAUGGUCUGGUAGGUCAGAACGGUAUCGGUAAAUCCACUUUGUUGAGAGCGCUCUCGCAUAGAGAACUGAACGUGCCAAAACAUAUUUCGAUUCUACAUGUCGAACAAGAGCUUAGAGGUGAUGAAACCAAGGCACUUCAAAGUGUACUGGAUGCAGACGUCUGGAGAAAACAACUUAUGACAGAAGAAACUAAGAUCAACGAGAGACUACAGGAAAUAGAGAAGCUUCGCACCGAGUUUGACGAAGACAGUUUAGAAAUUAAAAAGCUGGAUAAUGAACGCGAAGAUUUAGAGCAGCAUUUGGAACAAAUCUCGGAAAAACUGGUAGAUAUGGAAUCCGACAAAGCCGAGGCCAGAGCAGCUUCUAUACUAUACGGGCUGGGCUUCAGUGCAGAAGCACAGCAACAACCCACUAACUCUUUUUCCGGUGGUUGGAGAAUGAGACUGUCACUAGCAAGAGCUUUGUUCUGUCAACCCGAUCUUCUUUUAUUGGAUGAGCCUUCCAAUAUGUUGGACGUUCCAUCCAUCGCGUACCUCUCUGAGUAUCUGAAAUCGUACCCUUCCACACUCUUAGUGGUGUCACACGAUCGCUCAUUCUUGAACGAGGUUGCCACUGAUAUUAUUUAUCAGCAUAACGAAAGACUGGAUUAUUACAGGGGGCAAGACUUCGACACAUUUUAUGCAACGAAAGAAGAGCGUCGCAAAAACGCCCAAAAGGAGUAUGAAAAUCAAUUGGCUUACAGAAAACAUUUACAGGAGUUCAUUGACAAGUACAGGUACAAUGCAGCGAAAUCCCAAGAAGCUCAGUCAAGGAUUAAAAAACUUGAAAAACUUCCUGUUUUGGAACCUCCUGAGGAACAGAAAAGCAUUACAUUUCACUUCCCCGAGUGUGAGAAGUUAUCUCCGCCAAUUAUACAGCUGCAAGAUGUUUCAUUCGGUUUCAGUGCUGACAAUUUGCUAUUGAAAGAUGUAAACCUGGAUGUUCAAAUGGAUUCGAGAGUUGCUUUAGUCGGUGCUAAUGGUUGUGGUAAAACGACGUUACUCAAAGUUCUGAUGGAACAAUUACGCCCACUUGCAGGUCACGUCUCUAGAAACCCUCGUCUGCGUGUAGCUUACUUCACCCAGCAUCAUGUGGAUUCCAUGGACUUGACAACGUCUGCCGUCGAUUGGAUGUCUACGACUUUCCCAGGUAAGACAGAUGAAGAAUAUAGACGUCAUCUUGGUGCAUUUGGUAUUACAGGCUCGUUGGGUUUACAGAAAAUGCUGUUGUUAUCAGGAGGUCAGAAGUCCAGAGUAGCAUUUGCCGCCUUAUGUCUGAAUAACCCUCAUAUUUUAAUUCUUGAUGAGCCUUCCAAUCAUUUGGAUACCUCAGGUCUAGAUGCGUUGAUGGACGCCUUGAAAAAGUUCACUGGUGGUGUCUUGAUGGUUUCUCACGAUAUUUCAGUUAUUGACGGGGUCUGCAAUGAGAUUUGGGUUUCGGAAAACGGUACUGUGAGACGUUUUGAUGGUACCAUCCACGACUACAAGAAGUACAUCAUUUCGUCAGCUGGUAAAGCAGGUGUUGUAAAGAAGCACUAA